GUCGAGGUUUAUUUGCUGGCGAUCUCGUGGCAUCGAAAGGAUACCGAGAUCGUGCCAGGAUACAAGCUUGGUUACAGAACGUAACCGAAUUCGCGCGAAGUUACAAUCAAAGUGUAAGUAUAAUAAUGGAAGCACAAAAUAGCUGUCAUUAGCACAGUCAAACAAAAGCACGUUAAAACAAACACUGGUACAGUUGGUUAUAAUAAUAAUUGUUUUUAUUAAACCAGUCGUGUUCUCGUGAUAAACGUGAGUCACUACAGGUUCAUUAAAGUUCCCUAGGAUUAGACAUCGACCACAUUUUCUUUUGCCGUUAAAUAUACCCUAGGUUCCUACCUAUUAGCAUCGGUGAUACAUUGCUAUUAAAUACGGAAGCCCGUUAAGCAAGAGCUUCUUGUAUUCCGUUCAGAACCAUUUGAAAGUCAUUUGAAGGAUAUUGGAUAGUAAAUAUGUUAGAUUUCAAGUCAAGGUCACUUAGGUCCGUUUUUGGACUUAUAGGUUUAUUAACAAAUUAUGUUUCGUUUAAAAUGUGCUUUUCAAGUGUAUGAUUGGGGCAAAGUUGGAGUAAACAGUGAGGUCUACAAGCUAUUGAGUCAAACCCAAGAGCUAGAUAAUUUGAAGCCGUAUGCAGAGCUAUGGAUGGGGACUCAUGUUUCUGGACCGUCUUUCAUGAUGGAUAGUCCUUCAAUAUCUCUUGACUCCUAUAUUUCAAGAAACCCACACUGUUUAGGUUCGACAGUGUCUGAAAGAUUUGGCAAUGCUUUACCUUUUCUGUUCAAAGUUCUUUCUGUGCGAAAGGCGCUAUCUAUCCAGGCCCAUCCAGACAAGGAGUAUGCUUUCAAGUUACAUGCUAAUAGACCUGAUUUAUACAAAGAUGCUAAUCACAAACCGGAAAUAGCUAUCGCAUUAACACCUUUUGAGGCAAUGGUCGGUUUCAGACCACCCGAAGAAAUUGGUGUCUUUGCGAAACAUAUUCCUGAACUUCACGCCAUUAUUGGUCCAGAUUUUACAAAUGGCUUGUUAAAUAUCUCCACAGAUAAAACGCUUACUUCUUCGUCAAUUAAAGCCGCCUACUCUCGUUUGAUGAAUGCCGAGUCCAGUGUUGUCAGCAAUUUAGUGGAAGCUUUAAAAAGACGUCUGACUAAUGGUGAAAAGAUAAUUAUCCCACCUUUUAAAAAUUAUAUUCUUGAUACAGAAGCUCUUGGAGAGAUAUUCAUUCGUUUGGCAACAGAUUACCCUGGAGAUGUUGGUUGUUUUAGCUUGUUCUUUUUUAAUUAUUUAAAACUCAAUCCAGGAGAAGCAAUUUUUCUUGAACCUAAUUUGCCACAUGCUUAUUUAUCCGGUGAUUGCGUGGAAUGUAUGGCUUCUUCGGAUAAUGUAAUUCGUGCCGGUUUAACACCGAAAUUCAAAGAUGUGGAUCAUCUGCUUCGAAUUAUUCAAUAUGAACCUCGAUGGGGAUCAGCACUGAAAUUUGUUGGGCAGACGAAAAAAAUUGUACCAAUCGAUUCAAAUGUGCAUACUAGUGAUAAUCAAGAAAAGAAAUCAAUUAAAGAUGAUACAUCAGUUAUGUCUGAAAUUGUGACAUUUUCUCCUCCAGUUGAUGAUUUUGCUGUGGAUAAAAUCUCAAUAUCGGACAAGGAUAAAAUAGUCCAGUUUUCGCCAUUGAAAUCUGCCAGCAUUUUGAUUAUUAUCUAUGGGAAAGGCACAUUACAACGUUUGCAUUGGGAUCCUUUAUCCACUUCUAACACUAUGGUAGACAAUCACAGAUCAAAAUAUGCGGAUAAUUAUCCAAUGCCUUCUGCAUGUGUUUGUGAAUCUUUUGAAUACGAUCAAGGAUCUGUGUUUUUCAUCAACGCUGGAACUGCUUUCAGUGUUCAUCAAUUACAGAAAAAUGAUUCACAUUUAUUAGCAUUUCGAGCUUAUGCAAAUGUCUCCACUGACUAAAUAUUAUUUGCUGGAAUCUUUUCUUACCCUCAUACUUUUAAUUUAUAUUGAUUUUUGUUUUCUAGAAAUCCGGUUCUCUAAUUAGUUAGCCAUAAACGAUGUAUUCAAUCUUAUCAUUUGGAAACUGUAUUUUCCUUUAAUUGGCUCUUUAAUAAUAUGUGAGAUAUAUAAACAAUAAAAGAAACAGUGAUUGUAUUAGAUUCAAUGUUUUUCUUUUUCGUAUAUUAUGUUGUUCGUAAAUAUUUUAAUGGAUUACUUAAUCUGACAUUGAGAUUUCAGUUUCAAACAAUUUCAAUUAUAUAGUUAAUUAGUCUGUUAGACGUAGAGAUGACCUAUUUUGAUAAACUCCACUAAUAAUUGUUGGGUUUCACUUGUCAAACAGAGAUUUAUUCAGUCAACCUUGAGUCACAAUGUUUGUUUAAUAGCUAGUUAUUACUGUUCCUCUGAAGCAUCGAUUUUAAAGUUGAGGCCUUCAAUCACUUGGUCGUAGAUUCGAACCCCACUUUGACUAUACUAGUUUAAGCAAUUGAAUAGUGUCACCAAACAGCGUGACUCAAAGUCGAAC